AUGCUGCCAGGGCUGGAUUCUUCUGCCAUUCCUGUGGCAGAGAUGACGGAACCCGAGUUGCAGGAGGUGUCAUUUGCAGGGUACCGAUCCUUUCCGGUUGCAGGUAUUCUUUGCAUGCCAGAUGGUGCUUCAGAGGAAGUUGUAGACCUGGCACACCGGAAUUGGGCUUUACUGUUAGUUCUGCAAGUAUCUGAUUUGUGGCACCACAAGGAGCUGCUUUUGGUCGCGACAGUGUUGUCCGUUAUCCUUGUUUUGGUAUUCCUAUGUGCUGUAGAGACGUGCGCGGUUUUGCUUACUAAUGCAGCUAUAUCCGCCCUAGUCAUCAUUCCUGGACUUUUUGGAGGCUUGCUCCUGCACAAGGAGCAGCAGGGACAAAUGCCUCAAGCUGCUGAAGACUUGGGAGUUGCCAGCUAUUUGGGCAUCGUGAAUGGGCAUGGUUUGAUCAUCGGCAUUGCUGGAGUAGCUGCAUCUUGCAUUGUUUUGGCAUGUGCAUGUUUCCAAUGUGGCAAAUGCGCUGAAGCGGCUACUGCCGUGCAAGAGGCUGCUGAUUGUUUGAUGACGAUGCCUUCUCUUUUGCUGGAACCUCUAGUCUCCUUGCUGGCGAAGCUUCCCAUUGGCGCCGCUGGAUGCAUGGUUUUCCUGAUGUUAAUCACUUCAGGUGACUAUGGGGUCUCUGUGGACUUAACGAGAAUCUUGGAAUUGACAAGCCAGGUGGCAUUCAUGCAUAUGGCGACCGAUGGAACAGAGGGGUAUUGUGAGUCAACCUCCUAUGCCUGUGAAGUCAUCUUCAACAAGGCUGGGAAAUGGACAGCGGUUGAGGGUGUUGGCACGAUGUUUGUUGCUCUGGGAGUUGGCAGUAUAGCAGCUGGGACUGGCUUCUUGGUGUGGCUGCUGACGAAGACUCUGGACCGAUACACAGAUGUUGACAGCGGUCAGUAUGUUUCAGACCCUGACAGCAUGGCCUUGGCUAGCGGACUCAUCGGUUUGGUAAUGUCGCUUUGCUUUUUGCACCAUUUUCAGACCAUCACUGACACCAUCGUCUAUUGUCGAGGUCUUGUAGCGCACCGUGAUGGGGUGGAAAAAGAUGUCGAUGAACACUAUUCACACUGUUGGGAUUGCUGUUGCAGAGAUGAAUCACAUGAAACGGAGCGCCUUCUGAAAAAGUGA